AUGUCCGACGACGAAGAUGACUACCUCUCCGAUAAGUUUCUCUUUUCGACCGAAGAACCCUCCACGCACAAAAGACCGUCGACAUAUUCGGACCUACGUCGGGAAGCGGCGAAGAAGGCUCAGGAUCGGAGUAUUGCAAACCGCGUGAAGAGCGCGCGAGAGCUCAGGGAGGAGGCACUCAGCAAGACACUGUUCGAGCGUGCGCAGGAAGAGGCAGAAGCGCGGAGAAAGGCUGAGGCUGCAGACGCGGAUGCGGCCGGCAGUAGCAAUGCGGGAGGGAACAAAGCGCUCGCCAUGAUGAUGAAGAUGGGGUUCAAGCCAGGCAUGGCGCUCGGCAAGGGCAAUGACGAAGAAGCUUCCGAUGAGAAAAACGAUGAGCGUGAUGAAGGCAGACUAGAACUCGACUCACGUUCACCCGAACCUGGUCCCAGUAAACCGACCAAGGGCCUAGUUGAACCGAUCGCCGUAAAGGAGUGGAAAGGUAAACAGGGCAUUGGUGUCGGCUCGAAGCGGAAAGCAGAGCUCGAAGUAGUUGAAAGAGCCUCUAAGAGCGCACGAAUCGAAGAUGAGCGCGACUUCCGAGGGCGCACGGCCACCGAGUUCGCAACGCGUCGCGCAGAGGGACGUAUACGUCCAGCUCAGCGAACAUGUAUGCAACUCGAUGAAGAGGAGGGUGUAAAGUUCAAUGUACUGUGGCUUGACGCCGGUACGAUGGACGUCUUUCCGCCUGGCCUGUACGAUGCGCUGCUUGAAUAUCUCCCACUUGACAAAGCACUCUCUCGCGAAGAGAGGCUACGACGUCAGAUGCAAGCGGACGCACUACAACCUUUGGACGAUGCUGGGGAGAAGCGAUCUACGAAGGAGGAGGCUCCCAGUGAGGAAGAUAUCCGUGUGGCAGCAGAAUUUCUGGCUCUUGAUCCGAUAGAGCGUUUAGAGCGAAUACUGGAGUACCUGCGUGAGAGAUAUUUGUAUUGCUUUUGGUGCGGGACGCGAUACUCUAGUGCAGAUGAGAUGGCACAAGAUUGUCCUGGAGAAGACGAAGAGUUGCAUGAUUGA